ACGCGUUUGCUACCAACACACACGUGUUUUUUUAUUAUUUUGAAAAUUGAAUAUUCUGCUUUUCAUUUUUCACAUUAUUCUUGUAUUCAAAAUAAUUUUGUGUGUAAAGAAUGGACAAAAAGAAGAUUAAAAAAUUCAAUAAAUCAAAAAAUUUCAAACGAAAAUUUAAUGAUGAUCACAACAAUGAUGAUGCUCAACACGAUUCUGGUGGACAAGAUAUUGAAACAGGCGAAAAUGAACAACCAACAACAACGAUUCAAAAUUAUGAUCAUGAUAAUCCUGAUUCAAUGAAAAAUGUGACCGAAUCAAAAGAUAAAAUAUUCAAUCCUAAACGUUUCAAGAAUGUUACCAAUCAAUCAAAACGUUUGAUUAUAAUUUUGGAACGUGCCAAUUUAGAAGUGGUUAAAAAUAAACAAAAAUUUGAACUUUUGAACACUGAUGAUCAUCAAAAUUUAAUUAAAAAGUUCAAAAAAGAUCCAAUGUUUUGCCGUCCUGAUAUUUUACAUCAAUGUUUAUUAAUGUUAUUCGAUAGUCCUUUGAAUCGUGCUGGUCUACUUCAAGUAUACGUUCACACUGAACAAAAUGUAUUGAUUGAAAUUAAUCCACAAACAAGAGUUCCUCGAACAUUUAAACGUUUUGCAUUCUUAAUGGUACAAUUGCUACAUAAACUUAGUGUUAGAGCAACAAAUUCAUCUGAUAAAUUAAUGAGAGUGAUAAAGAAUCCAAUCACUUCUCAUUUACCCGUUGGAUGUCGUAGAAUUGGCACUUCAUUCAAAUGUUCGAAUUUGGUCAAACCAAAAGAUUUAGUACCCAAAGAUGAUCAACCAUUGGUCAUUGUAAUUGGUGCAAUGGCUCAUGGUAAUGUUCAGGUGGAUUAUACUGAAUACGAUGUAUCCAUUUCACAAUAUCCAUUAUCAGCUGCACUUGCAUGUACAAAAAUUUGUUCAGCAUUCGAAGAAGUUUGGGAAAUUUUCUAAUUUUUAAUUUUUUUUUUGAAAUUAUAAUAUGUAA